AUGGCGGAUAGGGCAACGGUACCGGAUGUAGGAGAUGGUCCAGAUAAUCCGAUAGAAGUGGCGCAACAGACAUUGUUGAACGCUCUAAAAGAAGAUGCUGAACAUCGUGCCUCUCAGGCUCAACAGACGGCCGAGCUUGAGCUUAAUGUGUGGCUCGAAAAAUUCGUGAUGAACGCUUCGAUGCAGAUGGACAACGAAGCCCACCCUCAAGGAGUAAUUCAGGAGCUUCACACGAUGCUUGAAGAGCAAGUCAAGUCCGCGGGAGAUAUUGCGAGUUCGCUGAACGCACUGCUUGUUUCAUUCAAUGAAGAGCAGGCUCGCAAUGCGCAAGCUAGAGAAAGCCUCGCUACAGAUGCUGUCUUAAAAAUGAUUGAGGUUCAGCGGCAGGAGCAAGAACGAUUACUGAAGCAGCUGGCAUCAGCGACAUACGAGGAGAACGCAUACGGUUUGUAG